ACGGCUCCUCCUCCGUUGGCCGGAGCGGCUGUUGCGGCCGCCAGCUGUCCGUCCAGGAGGAGGUUGGGGGAGACGGUCCCGGGAGUCUCCGCAUCCCCAACAUUGUUGAGCGUCUCUUCAGAGGAGCUGCGCUCGCAGACCUCCUCGGGGCCGUAAUCCGUGGCCCGAGAAACGUCGAAUAUCUCGGAAGAAACGUCCUCUGUGCGUGACUCAUCCGGGUCGUCCAGGCUUUCGGUGUCCUCGGUGAUGCUAGUGGCCACCUGGGCCGUGGUGACACUGGUGAUCUGGAAGCAGCUCUUCUUCUUGGCCGGCAUCUUGGACAUGGUGAGGCAGGCUGGAGGGCAGAGAGGCACGCCGGCUCCUCCGCGAUCUUACCGGAAACCAGGAAGGGCAGAACACUGGCCCCCAAAGACAAAGUCCGCGUCCGUGCUGGGGUCUGAGGCCCGCCGCUGUUAAGAGUCACGGGCUGAUCCGGGCGCCGGCCGCUCCGUGAGACAUCCUCCUCCCGUUUCCUUAUCGGAGUCGGUCUCUUCGGCUCUGGCCCCGUCUCACUCGUGCGGCGGCUCCUCCUUCCUUCUCGCCUCCCGCAGUCGCGGCGCCUCAAUUCAAUCCCCCCAGUGGCGGCGAGAGCACGAUCCCAGGGGCGGGUCAGCUGCUUCCUCCUCGCGUCUUCGGGCCGCCGUGGUCAAUCCAGCUCGGCGCGGUCAGCAGGCCUAGGCUGGGGGUGGGAGUGGGAGGGCGAAGGGGAGGCGGCGGCGGCGUGAGGGGCGGUGCUGCCCCGCUCCGGCUCUUCGAACCAGUGCCGGCGUCAGCUCCGGGCUCUCGGACGCCGAGGAAAGCAGGAGUAGGAGUGGCGAGUCCGGAGCCAAGGAUUCCUGAUUCCGCCGGGAGCCGCGGGCGGGUGGCGGAGCUUCGGCACGGGCGGGCGGCCCUCCCUCCCCGGCUCUAGCCGGAGCUCAGCCCCAGGGACAUGUCGACUGUCUCAGGCGGAAACCUGCUCCGGGGGAGGGGAAAGCCGGCUCGGUCCUCCCCUAUACAGGGGGAGCCACCCCCGCGGGCGGGCGGUGGCGGCGGUCUCGGCCUUCCCCUCGCGGCUCCUGAGAGUGAGGGGCGGCGGCCGGCAGGCCGGCUAGCGACGGCGCGCCGGCUGUGUGAGGUAGCUGCGGUGGCUUCUUCGAUUCUUCCUCGGUGCGCCCGGUUCGCAGGCCCCGGAGAAACUGAAAUUCAAACUGCUGAAGCGGCGGCUGCAGCUCCCUCCCCUCGGCCAAGAUGGGGCUGAAAUGGCCGCGCCAGGGAUGCUGGGAGGAGCAGCAGCCCCGCUGCCGCCGCCGCUGCCGACUAAAAUGCCGCCGCUGCCGCAGCCACCGCCAGCGCCGCAGCCGCCGCCGUUCCGUGACGCACCGGCGUCGUGACGUCACCGCCCCGCCCCUCCGGUUUCCUGCGGAGUUUCGCGUGGAGGCUGGGGGGGUAGUGGGCGGGGCUAAAGGUUAAAACCGGGGAGCGGUUUUUUUUUUCAAUUUAAAAUUUUUUUAAAUUUAAA